AUGUCCAGGCUGGACAAAGAGACAUUCAGACGUAACUUUUGGAUUGCAUACAGUCUGGAUCGCGAAACGGCUGCAUUGCUGGGAAGACCCAUGAUGCUGCGCGACGAGGAUAUCAGUGUAGACCUUCCACUCGAAGUAAGCGACGCUCUUAUCUUCUCGACGCCAGACCCUGAGCCUCUCACAAAGUCGUCAGACUGUCAAUCUACCUCCAUCAGCGCUUUCGUGUGUGCACUUCGACUGGACGAGAUCAUCGGUUUCACGCUCAGGUCUGUCUAUUCGCUCCACCGGACCAAGGUGCGCAUGGGUUUCGCCGCAGAACACUUCAGCAAAGAGCUCGUCCAAGCCAUCGACAAGGCGCUUGACGACUGGUUUGUCUCCAUACCCACCCACCUCCGCUUCGACGCAAACGAGUCCGAAAAUGAUAGGCUGAUUCAGUCCUGCUUGCUGUAUACCAAAUUCUACAAUUGCAAGAUCCUGCUUCAUCGCCCAUUUGUUCCGAGCAACGAUGGUGGCAGCUUCGGAACGGGUCUCAGCUUCUCUGCGCUCAACGUAUGCGCCGGUGCUGCUCGAAGCAUAAUGCAGUUGACAAGGACAUGGCAAGUUCGAGGGCUGCAAUCCAACACAAGCAUAUUUGUGGUCUACCGCAUGUUUACUGCGAGCACAAUAUUGCUCAUUGUCAUCUGGAACGCUAAGCGUACAGGACGGAAGGCUCCAAGUUGGGCGUCACAGGACCUGCGCCAUGCAGUGCAGGUGUUUAGCAGCCUCGAGUCACAUUGGCAAUUCUGCGGUAAGGCUGUCGACAUGAUCGAAUGGAUCAUGAACUUGUCGCUAUCGGAGAUGCCGGCUACAGGCAAUGCCUCGGCAAACGAAACGUCAGUUGAAGGAUAUGAUCUGCCGCAAUCAGAACAAGCUCAGUUCGCAGGAGCAGGUACAAUUUACGUGCCUGAGUGGACGCCGCACCAUGCGCCAUUUGGAACAAACGACAUGGAUCAGCAGCCUUUCUUCUGGCCAUUCAGUGCCCAGGACUUGAUUAGCAAGUCCUUCGAGUCGAUUAGCGGACCAACGCUGUCGCCUGCGAACCAGCUGCCACAGCACACGACCCUUGAUCCAAUCUUAGGUGGACUUCUUGAUUCGGUCGAGGCGUACUUUUCGGCGAGUGGCAGUUCGUAG